AUGCUGCUGCGUUUGGUGCAGCAGAGCACCAGAAAGAAGAAGAAAAAAAGGCGUGAUGACGAGAUGCAAAUAAAACUUCCUUCAAUUCUAUACCGAGUGAUAUUCAGCGUGCUGUUGUACCUCCUCCCACAGUUCAAACCCCCUACACCUCUGUAUUCCAUUGCAUUCGCUCACCUCUACCCCGUCGCGCCCCUCCGCCUCCUCCGCCGGCGCGUCGAAGCCCCCGCUGCUCACCGCGCCGCUCCCCUCCCUCCGCCGCGUUUCGAAGCCCCCGCGCUCCUCCCUCUGCCGUGCCUCGAAGACCCCGUGCUGCUCCCUCUGCCGCGCCUCGAAGCCCCCCGCGCUGGUCGAAGCCCCCUGCGCCGGUCCGGCCGCCGCGGCGCCCCGUGCCUCGAAGCCCCCCGCGACGCUCCGUCCGCCGGCACGCCCCGCCGCCGCACCCCGCGCCUCGACGUCCCCCGCGACGCUCCGUCCGCCGCCGCGCCCUGCCUCCUCGAGGACCUCGCGUCGUCGCUCCCUCCGCCGUGCCUGGAAGCCCCCCGCGGUGCUCUGUCCGCCUCUGCCGCGCCUCCAAGACCCCGUGCGCGCUUCCUCCGACCGAGCAGUGUUGAGCCAGGGAUGACGGGACGUCCUCUCCUACACCGCCAGUACGCCGCACCACGCGCAGGGACCACCUCUCGUCGGCACCCCCUUCCCCUCCGACCAUGACCACACCGUGGCGGGCACCGAGACGACGAGUCGCCGUCCCCAAACCGGAAUAAAGCAUUACGGCUACGGCGGCGGGCCGGCGGCAGUCAUGGACUCCCUUGAUCCACCUGUAGCUAUGCGCCAUGCCAGCAUGUGACCUGGGUCGCAAUGGCGGAGGCCCUUCCCUUCCGGCUCGUCGUCACCGGCGGCCGCCACCAUUGUCCAUCUGCAAACUACAAUGUGACAAACUAACAAGGAGUCAAGGAUUCAGAUUCAGUAUUCCAAGUUCAGAUUUAUCGGCUCGUCCAGAUUGAUGUCACUGCGAUCCAGCUGCAAAUCUGAAACGAGGCAUGCUUGCAGCGCGGCCGUGCAGGAUCUGAAUGGAAGUGGAACGA